AUGGCUUCAGGAAAGGAAAAGAAUGGCCUCGACAAUCUCGCUUUUGAUAUGGAAGAACAAGUGAAUGAUCAGGCUGGGGGGAAGGUGGUCAAAACAUGUGGAGUCAGCUGUGAAACGGAGGAAGACAGAAAUAAACCAACCUAUUGUGUGACUGACGUUCCGCCCUGGUACCUUUGUAUUUUCCUGGCCAUUCAGCAUUACUUGACAGCAUUUGGUGGGAUCAUCUCCAUCCCACUCGUUAUAGCGGAGGGGCUGUGUCUACAGCACGACAGCCUUACCCAGGGUCGCCUCAUUAACACCAUGUUCUUAGUCUCUGGCCUGUGUACAAUUCUGCAGGUCACCUUCGGUGUCAGGCUUCCCAUUCUACAGGGGGGUACAUUUGCCUUAGUGACUCCCGCCAUGGCCAUGCUGACCAUGCCAGAGUGGAAGUGUCCAGCUUGGACCCAGAACGCCAGUCUUGUCAACACCUCCUCACCUCUCUUCAUAGAAGUGUGGCAGACCCGCAUGAGAACACUGCAGGGCUCUAUCAUGGUGGCCUCUCUCCUUCAGGUCCUGGUUGGAUUCUCUGGCCUCAUCGGCCUCCUCAUGCGCUUCAUUGGCCCUUUAACCAUUGCCCCCACAAUUUCUCUCAUAGGCCUGUCACUGUAUGAGUCAGCAGGAAUCAAGACUGGCAGCCACUGGGGCAUCUCUGCUAUGACCACGGUUCUGAUCAUUAUAUUCUCCCAGUACCUCCGACUCGUACCAAUUCCUGUUCCUGCAUACAGCAAGGCCAAGAAACUGCACACCUCAAAAUUCUUUAUCUUCCAGACAAUGCCAAUUCUGCUGGGCAUUCUGGUCUCAUGGUUAGUAUGCUACCUGCUCACCAUCUAUGAUGUCCUACCAUCUGAUCCAGCCCAGUACGGCUACCUGGCUCGUACUGAUGUGAAAGGAGAUGUGGUGAAUCAGGCAUCCUGGUUCACAUUUCCUUAUCCUGGUCAAUGGGGCAUGCCAACUGUGAACCUGGCAGCUGUGUUUGGCAUUAUGGCUGGAAUAAUAUGCUCCAUGGCAGAGUCUGUGGGUGAUUACCAUGCAUGUGCCAAACUGUCAGGGGCACCUCCUCCCCCGAAGCAUGCCAUCAGCAGAGGCAUUGGUGUCGAAGGGAUUGGCUGCGUGUUGGCAGGGGCCUUCGGCACCGGCAAUGGCACUACCUCAUUUAGUGAGAACGUCGCCGCCCUAGGUAUAACUAAGGUGGGUAGUCGAACUGUGAUUCUACUAAGUGGCAUUAUCAUGAUGCUGAUGGGGAUACUGGGUAAAAUGGGAGCCAUCUUCUCAACCAUCCCUACCCCUGUGAUCGGAGGGAUGUUUUUGAUCAUGUUUGGAGUCAUUACUGCUGCCGGGAUUGCUAAUCUGCAGUCAACAGAUAUGAACUCCUCCAGGAAUAUCUUUAUUUUCGGAUUCUCCAUGUUUUCUGCCCUCGUCAUUCCACACUGGAUCAUUGAGAAUCCUGGUUUUUUAGUGACAGGUGUGAACGAGCUGGACCAAGUGUUGCAGAUAUUGUUGACCACUCACAUGUUUGUUGGAGGGUUCCUCGGCUUCUUCCUAGAUAACACAAUUCCUGGCACUAAACGUGAGCGUGGCCUGUUAAACUGGGACAAAGCUCAUCUUGAAGACACGAGCAGCAUCUCGGGAGUUGAAGAUGUAUAUGACCUUCCCUUUGGUAUUACUUCUCGCCUCUCGUCUCAAUCUUGGGUUCGCUACAUCCCUUUCUGCCCAUGGAGGGGCCAUAGAUUUCAGCACAAGUCUAAAGACGAUGAUAUAUCUCAGAGCCCGGGAAUAAAGAACUACUGCUAG